AUGGCGGCGCUGCCCGGGCCGCGCAAGCGGAGCGGCCCCGCGCUCUGCGGGGAGAGCAGCGCUGCGGCCGCCCCGCCGGCGCUGCGGAACGGCCUUCCCCCGCACAAGCGCCCCAAGAGCGCCGUGACCGGGAUCGUGGACCCCUUCGGGGAUAGUGAUGACUUCACGGCGGACGACCUGGAGCAGAUCGAUAUCCUGGCCUCGCAGGCGCUGUCGCAGGAUCUGCCCGCGGGACACGCAUGGGGAGCCCCGGAGCUGGCCCGGGGCGAGCGGCAAGCAGGAAGCAGAACAGAAGAUGGUCUGAUGAGAGAUGCAUUCCAGUUUGAAGUGCUGCAGACACAGCACGAAGAAGUCAAACAGAAGCUGAAAGAAAUGCAGGAUGAAAUUCUCACUAAAAAUGGAGAAAUUAAAAUUCUGCGUGACUCAAUGCAGCAGAUGGAGUAUGCUAUGGAGGAACAGAAAAGAUCAUACCUACUACUGGAACAGCAAAAAUCUCAGAUUUUAAAUGAAAAAGAAAAAGAGUUCUCCAAAAAGUUACAGUCGUUGCAUUCCGAGCUGCAGUUCAAGGAUGCAGAAAUGAAUGAAUUAAGAACACGACUUCAGAACUGUGAAAGAAAUAAACACCUUUCUCAGGCAGUUCCAACAACAAGCCCUAAAAAGAAUCUUGUGGUACAAGUGAAAUCAGAUGGAUGUUCUCCACAGCCAGGAAGAAGAUCUUUUCCUACAAAGGAAUCCUUCAACGCUGAAAUGUCCACUAGGCCAUCAUGUUCUUCAGGAAAUUUGAUGGCCCUGACUACUUCAAUCAAAGAAGACAGGAAGAUAACCCAUCCUGAAGUUUCAUCCCUGCAGCAGCACAGAGCAACAGGAAAAAACACUUCCUACAACUCAGUCCCCAAACGAAAUACACAAGGUUCUAUCUUGCUGAAUGCACUGAUGAAGCAGCCCAUUAUCCCUGGGACAUUUUUAGGACUCUGCCACCUUCUCAGUAGCAACUCUGAGCCUCUACCUGGAGCUGUGUUGCCGCCCAACUCUGUGGAUACGAAGCCCAUACAACUCCCCAGCAGCAAGACAACUCAAGAAGGAAUCACUCCUCUUGUAUCCCUGCAAGAAGCUCAAAAACUGGCAAUAACAGGACUGAACUUGAUUGCUCUGGAUGAAGGAUUAUCUGAGGAAAGCCCAGCAGAAGGCCAGGGAGGGCUCCUGCCCCUCACACAGAGCAGGAUCCGAGGUGCUGUGCAUCUCCUGCCCUUGCUGGAGCACCACAUUGGUGCUUUCUGCCGAGCAGAGCAGCUCGGGGACACACCAGGGAAUGGAGCUUGUGGGAGCCAUUCAACUGCUGCUUCCAGAGCCAGCACAAACACCGUGUCAAGCAAGGAGGACUUCAGGUUGUCCCUUGAAGAAACUACUCUUGUAUCACUGGGGAUCCUUUAUUAUUUGGUGUUCUACAGCUGGGAUGUUGUCCACACAUUGCUGUCUGCUGAAAGGGAAAAAAGUUCUGCUGCUGAAGAUGAACAGGUUUCCAAGAUGGACAAAAAUGUGUUGUGUGAUAAUCAGUCUGUUAAUAAAGAAGAGAGCAGAACACAAGGUGGGCUGCUUGCUCCACAGGAUCCUCACAAUACUGAUGGAGCUCAACAUUCUUUGUUUAAAAAGCUGCUUCAGAUUCUAGCCUUUUCUGCUGCAAGGGGCUCCCAGACUGACAAUAUCCUGAGCCAAAGCCUAAAGGUUUUGAUGAAAUUAGCUGAAAAUUCAACUAUGGACUUGUUAAUAAAUUUCCAGCACUUACUGAGUAGCCAGGUACUGCAGCGCUGUCUGUGUCCCGAGACCCCUUUGCCUGCUGUGCUUCUGGCUGUGAGACUCCUGUGUGCUCUCGCUCAGCACCACCUGUUGGUUGCUCAACUCUGUUCUCAUUCAGACAGCUGCCUUCUCCUUGCACUCUACAUGUACAUAACAUCAAGACCAGAUAAAUCAGCAUCUGAAAUACUUUGGCUCCAGCUGGAGCAGGAGACAGUCAGGCUCCUGACACGCUGCAUGUGGCGCUCCAGACCUGCAGUUUUAUUUCCUGGCACAGACUGUCAGUGCAACCUCGAGGUGGUUAAGGCACUAAUUGUGAUGUUGCACAGGCAAUGGGUGAAGAUUAGAAGAUCUGAGACCAGCUUGUGUGCACAUAAGGAACAAGUUAUUCAGUUUUUACGGGAUGCUGUUUUACUCUUGCACAGCCUGUCUCAGAAAGAUAAAUUGUUCCAUGAACACUGUUUGGAAGUUCUCCAUCAAUACGACCAAGCCAUGCCAGGCAUAAGAGCCAUUCUCAAAAAGACUCAAAAAUUGAGUGCCUCUGAAGAGCUGAUUUUGGAUGAAUUGUAUCCUCCUGAGCCAGAAGACCAAGGAAUAGACUCCAGCUAGUGAAGAGCAAAGAUCUCUGUCCUUCCUCCUCUUAAUCAUUGCCAAUGCAAAUGUGAACUUUGAAUCAUCCUUUUAAGGGAUAAUCUUGGGUUGCACUCAAACACAGCACAACUAAGACACGUUUCUUUGUUGUAAUUAGUGCUAUCUAAAUGUAGCUGAAAGAGGAAUUUUGAUGAGAUUAAUACUGCUGUGCAAACCCACUCAAUGUCUUAUGACUGGUUCUGGUUAUGAAUUCCAUCCUGUAUGAAACCACUGUGAAUGGAAAUGAAAUUUCUCUCUAUUCUCCAUUUUACUCUGACUACAGCUGAAUUUAUGCUGCUGAAUGUGCCAAGGUGUGUGGCAUCACUGCAUUCAUAUGAAAGCCUUUUGAACACA